CCUCCUCAUCUUGCAUUUAUUACACUCAACAACUUCUUCAUACUCACCUCUCCAUUCCAAUCCAUCAAACUUAACAAGAUCACAUUACAAAUCUCACAAAACUCAUUAAGAGAGACAAGUUAGGUUUCUUUUCUUUGAUUUUCUCUUAUGUAAAAAAAUUUCUUUCUUAUUUUCUUCAAAUAGUUGAAAACCAUGUCUUCCAUUCAAAUGAUGUCUGUUAACAAACUUGGUUACCAAAAGCUAAGACAUGAAGUUGGGUCAGAUGAUGAAAGGGAGAGAACCACCACCACCAUUCAGAGACCAAGGAAUUUUAUUAGGUUUAGAAAGAUUCCUUUGAGGAGGAGAUUCAAGGUGAAAAUACCAAGCUUGAGAAGACUUUGGAGGAAGAAAGCAAAAGUGGUUUCUUCCAUGAGAGUUUCAUGUGCUAAAGUUAUGAAAAGAUUUAAAGAUGGACAUGUUCAUUUUGGUGAUCUUUUUGCUGGAAACUACUUGUUCAUGCAAGUUAAUCCUUCUUCACUCAACUACCUUGGAAAAGAGCUAUCUCUUUCAAAAAUUGCUUAAUUGAUCUCUUGUUUAUUUUUGGUAUGUUUUUAUUUUUUUCAUUCUCUUUAACAACACUUUGGUGUUAUUGAAUUGUCUUCUUAUGUUAUCAUAAAGCCUUGUUUGCUAAAGCAAAAAUAGGUUCUUAAUUGUGCAAAAAUGUUGUAUUUGGUGUAGCAAAAUUACUUGCAGUUUUCAACUUGUUCUAGAUCUAAUUGCAUAAGGAAAGGAAGUUCAUAAUAAAUAGAAAAUUUUCUUAUUUUUCUUGAAA